CAUCCUUCUUUCGUUGAUAUUUAAAUUUCUGCAUUAUUGCGUUAUGUUUAACAAUCUACAAAAAAUAUCACUGCGUCUCCACGAAUCAUAGACGAACCACGACGUAUUAGUUUUCUUUUUCUUUUAUUUUGAUAAGUAUCUUUAUGAAAAAAGUCGUAAGAUAAACAGAGACAGAGAUAUCAGCUAAACACAUGCAUGUAAUUCUUACGUCACAAAUUAACAAGGAUAACAAGUUAUAAAACUAAUCAGCUACAGGAUAGUAUUUUCUUUAAUUUUUAGAAAUUAAUUUUGACACGAACAUGAUAAAAUUGUAAAAGAUCAUUCCGAAGAUCUGUCAGGCGGUCGAAGGAAUUAACAGUGCCAGUGCACGGAAUGUUUUGAUCGACAGUGGACAAUAGUAAAUCCGUAAAUCAGAUUCGAUGACGAUGAUCAAGAAAAAAGAGAUUUUGUUUGUGUUCGGAUUGUUCUUAAUCCUAUUUUGCAAGCAGUCGUCCUCGGAAUGUAAACAAUUAACACCUUGCUCGUGCAUAUUCUCGAACCGGCAAGGAUACAGUUUGAUGCCGCUGGUUGACUCAAUGCCUCUAAAAGCAUUCGACGCAAAAUUGAAUUACACUUUUUUCUUUCAUCCUUGCACGAACAAGCCACUAUCGGACAAUAGAACGAGCGAAUGUUACAAAGGAGAUGGUGUAUCUUUAUGUGCCACAAAGAACAAUGAAUUCUUUUUCUUGGGUAAGGCAGAGGACACAGAGAUAAGUUUAGAGAUGGACAAUUCAAAACCGCCUGUUUUAACGUUUCAUCAUAAUAAUAUCACAAUAAUUAUAGCCCUAGCCUGUUGUAGUUUAUGUGAAACACGUUUGUAUGUGGAGGCUAUCAAAUCCGAGUCUGAAUUUCAUCUAGUAUUGUCAUCUCUUUAUGCCUGUAAAGUGAUGAUGCGUACCAAUAGCCUUUCUGUCGGUUCUACAUUGUUGAUUUACUUCUCUGUUGCGUUUGGAGUUUAUUUCAUCGGUGGAGCGCUAACAUUGAAGUUACUCAGAGGAGCAACAGGUUGGGAAAUGAUGCCUAAUCACGAAUUUUGGCGAAAUCUUCCCUCACUCGUCAAAGAUGGAGUCGUUUUUACAUUCAACUGUUGCCGCCUAGAUAGCUACGAAAGAAUAUAAUCUUACGUUUUCUAUGAUCGACGUAAGAUGUAAGUUCGAUAGAUUACUCUGAAAAGUCUUCAAUUUAGUCAACGAGCGCAUAAACAAUUUUUUAUCGUGUAAAGUUACCAAUGACUCGGGCAUGUACAUUUCUCAUAUUUUUUUGGUACGUGUGUGUUUGUGGAAAAUUUUAUGCGCGAAAGUUGUUGGAUACGUGUUAAUUAUAUUACAUACAAAAAAAAAAUGCUGGUUAUUUUGUGAUAAUAUUUUAUUAAUAAACAAUUACAAUAUAAAAAAUACUAGUGCGUAUACAUGUAACGUAAUAUACACACGUGCACGUAUGCACACUCAACC